UAAGGCUACGAGGGCCGUGUCAACCAGAGUCUGAGCGAUCAUGGCAACGGGCUCCGGCGGGGAGCGCGUGGCAGCGGUGGCAGCGGUGGCAGUUUGGUCACGGACUGGGACAGAGGGCCGGCGGCGGCGGCGGUGGCAGUGGCCCUGGCACCGGCCCUGAGCGCCAUGCAGCCGGGCGGCUCCGAGAGGGAGUUGGCGGUGGGGUGGGAGGCAGAGGCGGUGGCCGUGGCCGAACCUCAGGCGGUGGCGGCGGAGCAGGUCCGCGUGGACGCGGGGGCGUCCGGGGAGCCAGAGCGCAAGGCGAGGGAGGAGCCGGCCAAGGACCCGGUCCCGACGCAGCCCCGCGCGACCGAGGAGGGGGACGCCCGCGUUCUCCCGCGGCCGCCGCCCGCGCCGCCCGUGUCCAGGCCGAAGCCGGCGCCCGCACCGGGUUUCUGGCCGCAGGGGAAGCCCAGGAGCAAGGGCCAAAGUUGCAAGCGGAGCUCGAGCCGCCGGUCGGGCGAGUACCACUGUCUGCGGCCUGUCACCGUGGACAGCUCCAAGGCCAGGACGUCCCUGGACGCCCUGAAGAUCAGCAUUCGUCAGCUCCAGUGGAAGGAGUUCCCUUUUGGCCGACGCUUGCCAUGUGACAUCUACUGGCACGGUGUUUCAUUUCACGACAGUGACAUAUACUCCGGUCAAGUGAACAAGUUCCCAGGCAUGACGGAGAUGGUGCGGAAAAUCACCCUGAGCAGAGCUGUGAGAAUCAUGCAGAGCCUCUUCCCCGAGGAGUACAACUUCUACCCUCGCUCCUGGAUUCUGCCCGACGAGUUCCAGCUCUUUGCCGCUCAGGUUCGGAUGGUGAAAGACGGAAACCCCUCCUGGAAGCCCACUUUCAUUGUGAAACCUGAUGGUGGUUGCCAGGGUGACGGAAUCUACCUCAUCAAAGACCCCAGUGACAUCCGCCUGGCCGGGACCCUGCAGCGCAGGCCGGCGGUGGUCCAGGAGUACAUCUGCAAGCCUCUCCUCAUCGACAAGCUCAAGUUCGACAUUCGCCUGUAUGUCUUACUGAAGUCCUUAGACCCCUUGGAGAUCUACAUAGCCAAAGACGGACUCUCGAGAUUUUGCACGGAGCCGUAUCAGGAGCCCACGCCCAAGAACCUGCACCACAUCUUCAUGCACUUAACCAACUACUCACUGAACAUCCACAGCGGGAACUUCGUCCACUCGGACAGCACGAGCACGGGAAGCAAGAGGACCUUCUCCAGCAUUCUGUGCCGGCUGUCUUCCAGAGGCGUGGACAUCAAGAAGGUCUGGUCUGACAUCAUCUCCCUGGUGAUCAAGACCGUCAUCGCCCUGACUCCGGAGCUCAAAGUCUUCUACCAGUCGGACAUCCCCGCAGGGAGGCCCGGGCCCACGUGCUUCCAGAUUUUAGGCUUUGACAUCCUUCUAAUGAAAAACCUGAAGCCUAUCCUACUUGAAGUUAAUGCGAAUCCCAGCAUGAGAAUCGAACAUGAGCAAGAACUUUCUCCAGGGGUGUUUGAAAACGUCCCCAGCUUUGUCGACGAGGAAGUGAAGGUGGCCGUGAUCAGAGACACCCUCCGCCUCAUGGACCCCCUGAAGAAGAAAAGAGAGAGCCAGUCUCAGCAGCUGGAGAAGCCGGAAGCUGGAAAGGAAGAUCCUUCUGACAGUGAUCUGGCCAUCGCCUCAGACGCCAACCCCAAUCCCGAAGCCCACCUGCCCUCCAUCUGCCUCAAGCAGGUGUUCCCCAAGUACGCAAAGCAGUUCAACUACCUGCGCCUGGUGGACAGGAUGGCCAAUUUGUUCAUCCGGUUCCUAGGAAUCAAGGGGACAAUGAAGUUGGGACCAACAGGCUUCCGUACCUUCAUAAGGAAUUGCAAGCUGAGCAGCAGCAGCCUGUCCAUGGCCGCCGUGGACAUACUGUACAUCGACAUCACAAGGAGGUGGAACUCCAUGACCCUGGACCAGCGGGACUCAGGGAUGUGCCUGCAGGCCUUCGUGGAAGCUUUCUUCUACUUGGCUCAGAGGAAGUUCAAGUUGCUGCCCCUCCACAAGCAGGUGGCCUCGCUGAUCGACCUGUGUGAAUACCACCUGUCCCUGCUGGACGAGAAGCGCCUGGUGUGCGGCCGGGGCGGCAGGCCGGGGGGCCGGCCCCCUUACAGCAGCACACCCCAGGAGGCCACCCCGGCAGCCCCAUCAGCAGAGGGCGACCUCCGGCCCUGCACAGCCAAGCUCUCUCACUCCAGACACACCCCAGCCUGACAGCUGCUCCGUCCUCCCAGAACAAGCCCUCCGGGGCCAGGGGGAGAGAGGCCCUGGGCGGCCUGCUGGAGGAGCGUAAAGCAACGUGGUCUGCUGAGACCUCCUGCCCGGGGCUCCGCUCAUUGUCCCCUGCUGUGCUGACUUGUGCUUUGAGAGGCCGGUUGAUUCUCUCUCGCCUUCCUCCCGGUGCCUCUUGGUGGUGAUCCUGUUUUCCAGUCGUCAGUGGACAUACGACAUCCCGAAGGUGACAGGUGGCAUCUUCUAUCCUGAGCUCAUGGGGCAUGACAGCAGGGGUAGAACUGUUGGGUUCGGGGCGCCGAGGAAAGGACUUGUGGAAGCUGAGUCUUGGGUCUGCUGGGCCCGAGAGCGAGCCCUGGGGAACGCCGAGCACACCGUGUCUGCGCCUGCCACCGCUGUGAGGAUGCAGGGGAAGUGCCCAGCCAAUCAUGUGCUACAUGGGUGUAGUUAACAGAUUAGCCUCAUUGGUUUCAUUAGCUCACCUGUUGCCGCAGUGGCUGGUUCAUUAUUAAUUAAGAAAUAAUUAACUAAGAAGUCACUAAGGCUCCUAGAGUCUUAAAGCUGGCAGGAGCCACAGAGGUUAUUUUGCCUGAUUUUGUUUGACCUUGACCCCAAAGCAAGAGUCCCACUGUCGUAGGGCCUCCUAUCAAAGCCCUCAUGGGGUGGGGUGCUCACCAUGCGGCCAGCACUGCCUCGGGCUCCUGUGUGACCACCGCGGGCUGGGUGCCCUGGGUGACGGGAGGGGGCUUCCGAGGGGAGGAAACAGGACCCGGGCGAGGGUCAGGGCGAGCAGAGCACAAGGCGCGGAGCCCAGGCCCCAGACGUGCGGGGAAAAGGAGGCCCACGCUCCCCUCGCACGAGAGCCUUCUCUUGUCUCCACCUGUGUCCCCAGAGAGCCCUGCUCACCGGCGGCCACAGUGUCACUGUGGGAAAUAGCCAUGGGCAAGGCAGGGUCAGGGCACACUGAUGACAGGCGGCAGGAGACAGCCCUUGCCGUACCACACUCGUCCCAGCCCAGCCACCCUGCCCCUCACUGCUCCCCUGGCGGCUGGCCCUACAGCGUGGGUUCCACGAAAGGACAGCUCAGCCUGCCUCUGUUUGGGGAGCGUGCACCACAGGGCAUGGGCAUUGCAGCGCCAGGGCCUGGCCAGAAGCGGGCCAGCACGGGGUGCUCUUCAGGGCACCUUGAGCUCAGGGCCACUGUCAGCAGUGCUGGUCCCCGUGCGGAGACAGGAGCCUCCUCCUGCAGAACAAGCCUCGGCCGCUCUCCUGUCUCCCUGGGCCUCCGUCCACCUGCCCCAGCUCAGACCUCGUCAUGCCCCACCUGGACCUCGGCCGUCUCCUGCCUCUCAACUCCCUCAACACACUCUCCACCCCUCUCAGGUGAAAGGAGAACCACAGCUGACGGCAGGAACCCCCUGCUUCCACCAACCCCCCAUUUCUGCCCAGGCAAAGCCCAAACCCCUGGCACCGGCAUUCAAGGCCCAAAGCAAAUCCCUGUCUUCCUGAAAGAGCUGGGCCCACACACCUCAUGCACCCUGCCCACGACCCCGUGCUCCCACAGCUCCUUGGGUCUGCCUUUCCCAUGCCGAAGAGAGCAUUCAGUGCUUACCCCAGUGGGAAGGCUGAAGGGCGCGGACCUGAUCCGUGCUCUCCCGUCCUCGAGUUUGCCGUCCCCUCUUCCUCCAUCCAGUGGAAACUUACUUACCUUUCAAAGUCAAGCUCAAGUGUCUGCUAUGCAACGACCCCAAACAGAAUGAGCUGCUCCUGCUUCUACCUGGGAGAACCUGGGAAGUUCUCUUGUGAUCACACCUACCCUACGGCAUUUGCUCCCACCAAACUGCGUUCUUUCAGGGCCAGGCAGGGGCGGGGUCCACACUGGCCCCUUCCCACACACAGCAGGGCCCAGCAGGUGCUGCUUGGAAUAACCCGAAUGGCCAGCGGGCCCCAGGUGAGGAGCGGUGGUGCAGUGCUCCUCCUCCCUGAGCCUGCAGGUGCCCCUAAGAAUUGCGCUUUUCUAAACCUUGCCAAGAUGACUCACUGAGCACCUUGUACCCACCGCAGGCUCCUUGGCUCCCAGGCACGGGGCCUGUUCUGUGAACCCAAGCAAACAGUGGCUGCUCUGACCCUGGGCAGAGCCUCCACGUCCCUUCGUCCCAGGUUCAGGGCUGGGCAGCAUCCCCCAGGGGUACCAGCUAUCAUCCAGCCUUGAAGACUAAGGUCCCACCAGGCUGGGAAGGGUCCUCACUGUGGCUCCUCCAUCGGCGCCCAGCUGUCUCUCCACCUCCACAGCCGCCUGCACUUGGGGAAGGGGGUUAGGUCAGAUUCGAUGAUCCUGAUGUGGAUGCUGACAGUCAGGGUAUGUGAGAUCGGGGUGGGGCAGACCCCAGACCCUCGGAAUGGCGCUCUGCCUUUCUAGAACCACCUCCCUUUCCGACACCAAUUUAACAUCUGUUCACUUCACAGUUUACAAAGCACUUUUACAGCUGUCCUCCCCACACCCCGGGAAGGAUAAGGAUUCUCACUGCCAUCUCUUCACAGAUGGGGACCGAUGAUGCCUGGGAGGUCAGCUGACUGGCCCAAGGCCUCGGGGCCGAGCCAGGACUCACAGCGAGGUCCCCUGGCCCCCAGUCCCUUGCUCCUCAGCACCACAACUGCUCUGGGCGGUGCCUCAAUGUACCCACAGCCCAGUGGGGAGAGGGUUUGGCACCACUUCACAGAGGGAAACCCAUGUCUUGGAGCGGCUGGGGCAUCCUGGGGUUCUGGAGGCUCAAUUUGGGGGUCUAUCUGAUCUGGUGGUCUCUUGCUGAGCAGCCAGAAGGGCUCAGUGACCCAUGUACAUUCUACAGGCUCCAGUCCCUUGGCCACACAAGGGGGUGACCAGGCCUCUCUCUCUCGCUCUCUGGGAACAAAGAAUGAGAAAGGGAAAGGGCAGUUAGUACACGUGAGAAGCGUUUCGUAAAACCAAGCGCUGACCCAGUGCCCUGUUAUCUUCAGACUGGUCCUGGUUUCCUGCAAGGUGUAAGGAGAUGGAGGAGAAGGUUCUUCUGGAACGUUGUAAUGCAUCAGGACAAAGGAAGCCGCAGCAGUCGGCUCCGCUCCCUCUGCCCCUCCCGCCGUCCUCACGCCCAAGGGCUGGAGAGCCAGGUGUCCUCUGACACCUGGGAGCUGCCCUGUGAUUGGCAGAGCAUCGCUGCACCCAAAUCACUUAAUUUUUGAAAACAUCUGGAGUAAUGCCCUAAACUCCCUGGCCCUACAAGUGAGCACCGGGCCUGAGAUGGUGGGCACCUGGGCCUCUCCCUCGACUCUCAGAGCGGGGACGCUGCCCCUGCAGGGCGGAGAGCUGGCCGCCUCUCAGCCCGGCGCGCAGCGGCCCAAGCCGUGCCUCACCUCGACUGACCCUUCUGCCAGUCUCCAGGUGGCAUAUGGGUUUCUCCCUCACGAAGUGAGUUCACAUUUUCUUCUGUUCCCGGGGACCGCAGAGCUUUGCAGACGUCAACAUGUUUAAUUACUUCCAUCUCUACCAAUCAGAGGUCUUGAUUUGUGUAUCACUAGAAAAAACACGUGGCAGACUGCUUGUGUCUAAGGUGCCCACAUACACACACAGAGUGAGCACCAUCGAGCUUUGGUGCAAAACGGCGACAUCUCCAAUAUUUUGCUCAUUUUCCGGCAAUUUGCCUGAGUCUCACACUGGGCCCACAGAGAGCUCCUGGGAAAUAUUUCCUCCCUCGUGGAGGCGCUUGCUAGAUUCGGACCAGUGCCGUAGCCCCCAGGACAGCGCCAGCUCCCUGGCCCCUCCCAGGCCGCAGAGACCUUACAGAAAUCACCUGGGAAGUUUUCCGGUUCCCAGACGAGGCCCUGGGUGGUGGCGGGAAGGUGGAGGGUCUGGAUUUGGUUCUCUGUCCGCUCUCUCUUGGAGUGACCAGAGACUCCACCCCUUUGCUUGAGUCCUGGUGUGUACAGUGGAGACCUCGCCACCAGGAACAUGAAGAGCCUGGCUUGGGACAUGGCACCUGGGCCGUAUGUUAAGUGUCUGCAGAGGAAAGGACCAGCCUCCACGUGCUGGAACCAGACAAAGGCCGGGACACCCCCGCGCACCAUGAGGUCCCUGGCAGGAGGCCCCUCUAGGUCUGGCCAGGGCCCCUGAGCAGGAGCCCUCCUCCCUCGGAGCGGGGCUCUGCUGCUUGCUAGGCUGCUCCUGCUUCCUAAGAGCCUUUAAAAAUUCUUUAUUAAAUUUUCAUGGCGCAUAAAGUCAAGGUUCCAUCACUUGGCCUCAGUUGUCUUGGUAACUUCGUAAAAUGCAAUAAUAAAAUGAAGCUGAGUGUUGCUAA